AGCCAUUCGGCUCAACCAUUAUUGAUUCAAUCGUUUUGGCUCAAGCGGUGCCCAUUGCAGCUCAAAACAUGCAGCUUUAGCCAUGUCGGCACCUGCUAGUCUGAGGGUCAUUGCGAGUAACCUGGUCCUUGCCUUUUCCGCCUCGCUGAAACGUUUAAUCGGUCAGGAUGCUACAACUUGCAGUGUCUCGCGGCGUAUGUUCACCCUCUGUGGCUUCAUCGUUCGCGAUAUUGGUGCGUACAGGUUUUGCUGCUCGACAUGUUUCGAACACGCCCACGACGCAUCCGAGGUGCUCCAUGGUGAGUAGCUUUGGCCGUUUGCAGUACGUUACAGGCUCAAUCGGAUUGGGUUGCUUGCAUCCAGAUGGCUAUCGAGUAACUCGAGUAGGAGGACGUUUCCGUUUGGUCCAUCGUCUUGUGGCAGAGGCGUUUCUCGGGGAUCCCCCAUCAUUGCAGCACUGCCAGGUCAAUCACAAAGAUGGAGAUAGGGAGAAUAAUCGCGUGACGAACCUAGAGUACGUUACACCCUCACAGAAUAUUCGUCAUUCAUAUUGCAGUAACUCAAGUAGACAACAUGGUGGACGCUUGCUUGCCAAACCAGUAUGUGGCAGAUUCGUCGGGACAGAAAUGUGGAACUGGUACCCAUCGCUGGUUUUAGCUGCGCGACAACUGAACGUACAUAGCUCAAGUAUUUCAUCGUGUUGCAGAGGAUUGACCAAGCGAAGUGGAGGCUACGAGUUCAAGUACGCAAACGUGGAUGUGUUGAAUGUUGCUCCUGGUGAGCAAUGGAGGCAGGCGGUGCAUCCAGACACGGGGGAGGGUCUCUUGAAUUGGAGUGUAAGUUCUGAGGGCCGAGUACACUCUUCAAGGAGAAUUGCUGGCUUGGGCACUCGUUGUGCCUCGGGCUAUUUUAAAAUUCAAGUUAAUCGUCAGAACAUUAAUGUGCAUAGGAUUGUGGCCCGUGUGUUUAUCGGGCCGCCACCAGAUCCAGAGCAUCGUGAGGUCAACCACGUCGAUGGCGAUCCGGGAAAUAACCAAGCUGUUAAUUUGCAAUGGGCUUCACGACAGGAAAACAUCAUACAUUCUUACAUGACGAAUGAGGCACGACUGAGGGGCCCCAUGGCGAUGUGCAAAGCUGUGGUAGCACAUCAUCUGUUAAAGAAGGAAUCAACAGAGUAUCCAUCUGUGAGAGAUGCUGCACGCCAUCUGAGUUUGCACCCUGGAUCCGUGUCGGCGUGUUGCCACGGAAGGCGCUCACGCACAGGUAUGUACACGUUUCGAUUUGUUGAACAUGCCCCCAAAUAUCUUGUUGGUGAAGAGUGGCGACCAAUUCAUGUUGCCACCAACAGCUAAGCAUCCUUUUUUGGAUUGCAGUUUUCGUUGGAAUUUCAAACACCUCGACCGAGCCUCGGUGAGAGGCUACAGCUGACCACCGAAUCAGCCCACGAGGCAGAAGCUUGCACAUGCAAGCCAAGGGGUUGACAACAUGUCGAAGGUGCGCGGAUGUUUGAAUUGGCACCGCUGUUGACAUUUACUCGUUUACUCCCAAACAUGCACAGAAGGUCUGACAUGUAGGUGCCCAUGUAGAAAGGUGGACCAUCAUUGUCCACCUUGUCAUCCUCUCCCUCCUUGAUCUCCUCGUCCUUCUCCUGUCUUUUCCGAUUCCGUCAUUUGGGACUCCGCGCCGAUGUCUGCCAGUUUGGGGUUUCGCGCCGAUGCCUACCAUUUUGGGGUUCAACGCCGAUGCCUGCCAUUUUGGGACGGAUGCUUUGUGCUGCACUCCACUGGGGAUCAUUCGAGGACGCCCUU